UCUUUUCAUCAUGUUGGACUUGAGACAGCGAGGCGUCAGUUUAAACACACCUGAAGCUGGUUGACCCGCUGUUAAAGAGAUGCUAGUCUGUGCUCUGUUAAUCAUGUUACACCAAGCAAAGCCAUUCCAGCAUAUAGAGCACCAUUGUGACCCUCGCUCUGCCACUGUGGUCGGUAGGUUGAGCAAAUUCACCCGCCACUGCAAAAAGACACCCGUAUGUGACGAGUGCUGAUUUCCAACCCUGUUUUAUACAGUUCUAGUUGUACAAAUGUCCUAAAGGUCAUGGUUGCUGUUAAAUACUAACAUGUUAGUUUAAUGUUUAAAGUUUAAGACUCAAUGUCUUGUUAUUGGCAUUAUUCAGGGCAGAUCAGACGGACAAAUCAUGUUAGGAUCAAAACAAACUGCACUGAGGUGCUGCAUCAGGUACUUAGGCAGACAGGAAGGAAGAGAAAAUCUAAUUAAGGAUCACAUCAGGUUGUUUUACCUGCAUGAACGUCUUUUAUUGUCCUCUGAUCAAUCUGGAGAUCAGAAGAUGAGUGAUCGAGGGGACAAAGAGGAGGACAGAGCAGAGUCUCCUCUGUCCAGCUGUCUCUCUAUGAAGAGUGACCUGUCUAAAGAUCCUCCUCUACUCUUCAGUAAUGAACCAGGACCCUCAGAUCCACAAAUAACAAAGGGGUCUGUUUCUGUGGAGGAGCAGCUGUCCAGCUGUGCUUUGUGUCAGGACGUCCUAAGAGAUCGAGUUUCUACCAGAUGUGGACACUGGUUCUGUAGACAGUGCCUCACCUCAUACUGGGACCAGUCUACUUCAUCAGGAGAGUCCCCCUGUCCCCAGUGUGGAGAACGAGGACUGCAGAUAUCCACAGAUAGAAGUCUGCAGGAGGUUACAGACGAACUUAAGAUCAGUCUGAGGAAGAGAUGUGAACAUGUGACUGAAGGAAGUGAUGAAACAGGAAGUAGAACCCUCCUCAACAGGAUCUACACUGAGCUCUACAUCACAGAGGGACAGAGUGAAGAAGUGAACACUCAACAUGAGGUGAGACAGCUUGAGACAGACUCUAAAAAGAAGACCCUCCAUGAGACUCCAAUCAAGUGUCAGGACAUCUUUAAAGCCUUACCCGACCAACAGAACCAAAAGACAGAAGCUCAACCCGACCAACAGAACCAAAAGACUGAAGCUCAACCCGACCAACAGAAACCCAUCAGAGUGGUUCUGACAAACGGCGUCGCUGGUGUUGGAAAAACCUUCUCAGUGCAGAAGUUCACUCUGGACUGGGCAGACGGCUCAGAGAACCAAGACCUCAGUCUGGUGAUCCUGCUUUCAUUCAGGGAGCUGAACUUGAUCAGAGAUAAGCGGUACAGUCUUCUUGAGCUGCUCCGUGUUUUCCAUCCAACAUUACAGAAGGUCACAGCAGAGACGCUCGCUGUCUGUAAACUGUUGUUCAUCUUUGACGGCCUGGAUGAAAGCAGACCGUCGUUGGACUUCAAAAACAGGAAGGUUGUGUCUGAUGUCACAAAGAAAUCACCGUUAAACACACUGUUGACAAACCUCAUCAGGGGGAAUCUGCUCCCCUCAGCUCUCAUCUGGAUAACUUCUCGACCUGCAGCAGCCAAUCAGAUCCCUCCUGCAUGUGUUGACAGGGUAACAGAAGUACGAGGCUUCACUGACGCCCAGAAGGAGGAGUACUUCAGGAAGAGGUUCAGUGAUGAUGAAGAUCUGUCCAGCAGAAUCAUCUCACACAUCAAGACAUCCAGGAGCCUCCACAUCAUGUGUCUGAUCCCGGUCUUCUGCUGGAUCACUGCCACAGUUCUGGAGCACAUGAUGAGUACAGAGCAGAGAGGAGAGCUUCCCAAGACCCUGACUGACAUGUACUCACACUUCCUGCUGGUUCAGACAAAGAGGAAGAAGAACAAGUAUGAUGAGGGACGUGAGAUGAGUCCACAUGAGCUGAUGGAGGCUGAUGGGGAAGUUCUUCUGAAGCUGGGGAGGCUGGCGUUUGAACAUCUGGAGGAAGGAAUCAUCAUGUUCUAUAAAAAAGACCUGGAGCGUUGUGGUCUGGAUGUCACAGAGGCCUCGGUGUACUCAGGAGUUUGUACAGAAAUCUUCAAAAGAGAGUCUGUGAUCUUCCAGAAAACAGUCUACUGCUUUGUUCAUCUGAGCGUUCAGGAGUUCCUGGCUGCAGUCUACAGGUACCACUGUUUGACAAACAGGAAGAGACGUAUAGUGAAGGCUUUCCUUAAAAACAUCAUUUUUCAAACUCCUGAAAGUGAUGACUUAUCCCUGGAUGUCUUCCUGAGGAGUGCCAUGGAGAAAUCCCUGGAAAGUAAAAAUGGUCACCUGGACCUGUUUGUUCGCUUCCUUCAUGGCCUCUCUCUGGAGUCCAACCAGAGACUCUUAGGAGGCCUGCUGGGUCGGACAGACAACAGUCCAGAAAUGAUCCAGAGAGUCAUCAACAACCUGAAGGAGAUGAACAGUAAAGAUAUCUCUCCUGACAGAAGCAUCAACAUCUUCCACUGUCUGACGGAGAUGAACGACCUCUCAGUCCAUCAGGAGAUCCAAGAGUUCCUGAAGUCAGGGAACAGAUCAGAGGAGAAACUCUCUGAGAUCCACUGCUCUGCUCUGGCCUACAUGCUGCAGAUGUCAGAGGAGGUUCUGGAUAAGUUGGACCUGAGGAGGUACAACACAUCAGACCAGGGACGACUGAGACUGAUUCCAGCUGUGAGGAACUGCAGGAAGGCAGAGUUUUUUAACUGUGGACUGUUAGAGACUCACUGUGAAGUCGUGGCCUCAGCUCUGAAGUCCAACCCCUCCCAUCUGAGAGAGCUGAACCUGAGCGACAACAAGCUGCAGGAUUCAGGAGUGAAGCUGCUGUGUGAGGGACUGAAGAGUCCAAACUGUAGACUGGAGACUCUGAGUUUGUGGAGCUGCAGUUUGUCAGAGAUCAGCUGUUCUUCUCUGGCCUCAGCUCUGAAGUCCAACCCCUCCCAUCUGAGAUAUCUGAACCUGAGUAACAACAAUCUGCAGGAUUCAGGAGUGAAGCUGCUGUGUGAGGGACUGCAGAGUCCAAACUGUAGACUGGAGACUCUGAGGGGGCGUGUCUGUCCGUAAAAAGACUUCCUGGAAGGCUGGUCUCAAGUUUCCUCGAUCCUCUGUGCUGAAAAUGAGAGUUCUGAGACGUCCAUCAACAUGGCGGCACAGAACGACUUCCGGUUCAAGCGACGAAAAAUAAGAGACAUGAGGAGUAGCCAUUCAGAUUCAGAGCAGUUAGACAUUCUUCAUCAAACUGAUUAGAGCAAAGUUAAUGUUUGUUGUUUUUCUGUUAUUUGAAGUCAGAAUAAAUUCAGUUUAAUGAUCUCUGAAAUAUGACGUGAAGUUCUGUUAACUUUGCACCAAACAAAGAAAUGUUCUUCAGAGGGACACUUUUUCAUUUCCCUGUGAGGACACUUGAGAUAAAUCACUUGAACCUUUACAUCAGUAAACGUUGAAUCAGCACUUCCUCUUUCCCCUGAGUGUGUUUAGGUCUUAACAUGACCUGUGCUCAGGUGUGUUGGUGGGGCGUUGCUGUCUCAGGGGGCAGAAAGCAGCUGCACCAUGGACCAACAAAAACCUGCUCUAAAGUCAUGGUGCAGUAUUUCCAUGCUAUUUAAAGGCUCCAUUAGUAAGAUGGUGAGAUGCACAGACACAGACAGGUUCACAUUGUUCUUCCACAAGGCUCGUAACACACACAGGGACAGAUUACACACAGCACACCUGUGAGACACUGCAGUUCAUCCAGGUGGAAAUAACUCUUUAAAGUGUGUUUAAUGUCUGCUGUUAUUUCUGUCCCAAAAGGCCGAGAAAAUCAGAAACUGCUGCUGCUAGAUUUAAACACAGUUUACAUGAAUCAACAGUAAACACAUCACUCAACUGUCUCUGACAUGAUGAUGAUGCCUUCAAGGACUCUCAGUAAACACAUCACUCAACUGUCUCUGACAUGAUGAUGCCUUCAAGGACUCUCAGUAAACACAUCACUCAACUGUCUCUGACAUGAUGAUGCCUUCAAGGACUCUCAGUAAACACAUCACUCAACUGUCAGUAACACGAUGAUGAUGCCUUCAAGGACUCUCAGUAAACACAUCACUCAACAGUCAGUAACACGAUGAUGAUGCCUUCAAGGACUCUCAGUAAACACGUCACUCAACUGUCUCUGACAUGAUGAUGAUGCCUUCAAGGAGUCUCAGUAAACACAUCACUCAACUGUCAGUAACACGAUGAUGAUGCCUUCAAGGACUCUCAGUAAACACGUCACUCAACUGUCUCUGACAUGAUGAUGAUGCCUUCAAGGAGUCUCAGUAAACACAUCACUCAACUGUCUCUGACAUGAUGAUGAUGCCUUCAAGGAGUCUCAGUAAACACAUCACUCAACUGUCUCUGACAUGAUGAUGAUGCCUUCAAGGACUCUCAGUAAACAAGUCACUCAACUGUCUCUGACAUGAUGAUGAUGCCUUCAAGGACUCUCAGUAGACACGUCACUCAACUGUCUCUGACAUGAUGAUGAUGCCUUCAAGGACUCUCAGUAAACACAUCACUCAACUGUCUCUGACAUGAUGAUGCCUUCAAGGACUCUCAGUAAACACAUGACUCAACUAUCUCUGACAUGAUGAUGCCUUCAAGGACUCUCAGUAAACACAUCACUCAACUGUCUCUGACAUGAUGAUGAUGCCUUCAAGGACUCUCAGUAAACACGUCACUCAACUGUCUCUGACACGAUGAUGCCUUCAAGGACUCUCAAUAAACACAUCACUCAACUGUCUCUGACAUGAUGAGGCCUUCAAGGACUUUCAGUAAACACAUCACUCAACUGUCUCUGACAUGAUGAUGAUGCCUUCAAGGACUCUCAGUAAACACAUCACUCAACUGUCUCUGACAUGAUGAUGCCUUCAAGGACUCUCAGUAAACACAUCACUCAACUGUCUCUGACACGAUGAUGCCUUCAAGGACUCUCAGUAAACACGUCACUCAACUGUCUCUGACACGAUGAUGCCUUCAAGGACUCUCUGUCCCUUUAAGCUUCAAGUCACCAACACGUGACCACGAGAGCUGAAAGGUGGCGUGCUACUUUACACGCCCACUUCACUUCUGAGCAGGACUGAAGUCCCUGCUGCUCUUCAUACUGGAUGUUCUGUAUCACUGAUAAUCAGAAUAAUCAUGAUAACGAUGAUAUUAUAUGAUCAGAAUAAUAAUAAUAAUAAUAAUAAUAACUUUAUUUAUAUAGCACCUUUUAAAAACACAGGUUUACAAAGUGCUUUGACAAACAGCAAAAACAAAAACAAACUAAACCAAACACAGAAGAACAUAAACAACAGAAGAACAUAACAAAUGCAAAAUACUAAAAAUAAUUAAAUACAAUUCAACAGGAAAGAACCCAAAGUGCACGAUACCCAACAGACAUAUAUAACCCGACCAUCACAAGAACCAUCAUAAGAACCAUCACAAGAACCAUCAUAAGAACCAUCACAAGAACCAUCACAAGAACCAUCAUAAGAACCAUCAUAAGAACCAUCAUAAGAACCAUCAUAAGAACCAUCACAAGAACCAUCAUAAGAACCAUCAUAAGAACCAUCACAAGAACCAUCAUAAGAACCAUCAUAAGAACCAUCAUAAGAACCAUCACAAGAACCAUCAUAAGAA